AUGAAGAAGUUGUUGACUAUCUUCGCUCUAAUAUCAUAUAUUCAUGGUGAACUUGUUUCAUUACCCACUAUUGAUAUUGAAGAAGAAUUACCAAUUGGUACAUUGAUUGCAGAUUUUCGUCAACAAUUUAAUUUAUCUAAUUUAAAAUCAUAUCGUUGUCUAUUACAAACUGAGAAUGUCUAUUUUCAUAUACAAUCAAAUCAACAAUGUCAAUUAACAACUCGUACAAGAAUUGAUCGUGAUACUCUAUGUUCAUCAUCAUGUGAAUUAUGUAAUAUUACAUUAAAAAUUGAAAUUGUAUUACCUCAAAAUACAAGUGUAUUUUUAUUACCCAUACAUAUUUUAGAUAUUAACGAUAAUUUAGCCUAUUUUAAUUAUAAAGAAUAUAUUAUUAAUGUUACCGAACAUGUACAAUUGGGAACAAAUAUUCCGUUAGAUGUUAUUAAAGCAAUUGAUUAUGAUUGUAAUUCUAUACAUUAUGAAUUACACUAUUUAAAUAAUUCUAUAAUUCAUGAUGAUGAUUAUUUUCCAUUUAAAUUAAAUCAAUCAAUAAAUCGUAAUAAUCAAUUAAAUCUUAUUGUUCAACAGGAUAUUGAUCGUGAACAACGUGAUCAAUAUCGUCUAAAAUUACAAGCAAAUGAAAAUUCACAAAGUAAAACAUCGACAAUACUUGUUAUCAAUAUUCUUGAUAUUAACGAUAAUACAUGUCAAUUUGAAAAGACAACAUAUAGAAUUAAAAUAGAAGAAAAUCGUUUAUGGGAAAAAUUUUUACAAGUAAAAGCAACUGAUAAAGAUAUUGGAAUUAAUGGAGAAAUACGUUAUUCAUUAGCAGCACAAAAUUCAAAAAAAAAUUUUGAUUAUUUUAAAAUUGAUUUACAAACAGGUUGGUUAAGUUUAAUAAAAACAUUAGAUUAUGAGACACAAAAUAUGUGGAAAUUAGUAAUACAAGCACAAGAUAAUGGAUCUAAUGCGAUACCUGUUUUUGCCUAUGUUAUUAUCGAUGUUGAAGAUUUGAAUGAUAAUGCACCAAUAUUAAACUGGAAUAUACCAACAACUGUUCAAUUAUUAAACGAUACAAUAUCAUUGGAUGAACUUAUUGAUGAUCUAACAACAACGAUCACAAAUGAAACAUCGUCAAACAAUGUCUUAACGAUUGCUAUACCAGAAAAUAAACCAGUUGGAUUUGUUGUGGCUAAUUUAGUAGCAUCUGAUCUCGAUACACCUCCAUUAGAACCGUCUGUUGAUACUGAUGGAAUACCGAUACCUCCGUUUCGUGUUACGAUCAAAUUAGAAUCACAACAAUCAUUACCAGUGACAACAUAUUUUCAAAUAUUAGGUCCAUUUGAUUCAACAUUUGUUCUUGUUACAGCUCAUAUUCUUGAUCGUGAAAUACAGUCUACGUAUGAUUUAAUUGUAACAGUAACAGAUAAUGGUCAACCACAAUUGUCAACAACAUAUAAAUUACAUAUUCAAGUUGAUGAUGAGAACGAUAAUUUUCCAAUAUUUGAUUCUGAGAUGUAUUUUGUCGAUAUUAAAGAAAAUAAUGAAAUUAAUGCAACAUUAAUACAAGUACAUGCAACAGACUUAGAUAUAAAACACAAUGGACGAAUUACAUAUACCAUUGUUUCAACAACAUCUGAGACAUCAAACACUCUAGAUCCUAUUCAUUUUGUAUGGAUUGAUUCACAUACAGGCAUCAUACGUGCAAAUAUUCAAUUUGACUAUGAAAUAUUAAAAAAUUUUUCGAUUAAAAUUAUUGCUACAGAUAAUGGUAAACCAAAAUCACAUCAUGCUAGUGCAAUUGUUAAUGUAGCCGUAAUUGAUGAAAAUGACAAUAGUCCUCAGUUUACAACUCCAACUUAUUCAUUUUCAAUUUAUGAAAAUAAUUCACCUAAUACGUAUAUUGGUCAAGUGAAAGCCAUUGAUUUAGAUAGUGGUUUAAAUGGUGAAGUACAAUAUCGUUUAGAUUCAAUUCCAUCUAAUUUAUUUUUGAUAACUAAAGAUGGUAAAUUAUACGUAAAUGAAAUAAUUGAUCGUGAAAAAUUUGAUGAAUAUAAUUUUAAUGUUAUUGCAUUCGAUCGUGGUCAACCCAAAUCAUUGUCAUCCAAAGCAAAAAUACAUUUAAAAAUUUACGAUGUUAAUGAUGAAUGUCCAAAAUUUUUAUUUCCAAAUGAUAAUAAUGAUACGUUGAUUAUUGAUCGUACCUAUUGGCAUUUAAACGAUUUUAUUUGUGAUAUUUUAAUAUUCGAUGGUGAUGAAGCACAUCAUGCAAGUUAUGGAUUAAAAUUAAUUACAGAUUUAAAUCAACUCGUUAAUUACCAAUAUUUGAAAGAUAAACUAAAGCUAUCUAAAUUUGAUUCGAACAAAUUCUAUCUGGAAGGUAUACGUUUAUAUUUUAAUGUAACAGAUAAACCAAGAAAUAAUAGUAGAAACAGAAUAAAACGUAGUUAUUAUCAAGAUUUAGAAGAAGGUGUCUAUUAUUUGGCAUUUAAAGUGAUUGAUCAAGGACGUACUGAUUUUUUUGAUGAAAAAUUAUUGAAAUUAAUCGUUGUAAAUAAUUACCAAGAUACUCAAGCAGUGGUGAAAAAAUAUGAUUAUUUGGGUAGUCAUUUAAAUAAUCUACAAGCACGUGAUGCGUAUGAAAAAAUGUUAAAUGAUAAUACAAAAAAGAAAACAUUGAGUGAUGAACAAGAUCGUUUAUUAUUAUACAGUGUACCGAGUAAAUUUAUAACAAUUAUUGUUAUCGUUGUCCUAAGUAUUAUACUAAUUGGUAUUACGUUUAUAUUUAUAUCACUAUUGAGAAGAAAUCGUUUAAAACGAAAAAAACAUGAAAAAAUUCUUACAACAAGUGUUACUGAUGAUCAACAUCAAACGACAUCAUCAUCAUCGACAACAUCAUCAACAUCAUCUUAUGGCAAUAUUCUCUCAUCAUCAUCAUUGCAAUCCGAAAAUUCAUUAUUAUCAGCAAUGUUUAAACAAAAUCGUUGUUCAACAGAUAAACGACAAAAUUUAAGAGUUAGUAAUUGUUAUGAUUUUGGAGAUACAAUGACAACGACAACAGGCACACUAUCUAGUUCACCAACAUCAUUACUAUUACUAAAUAAAGAAACAACAGUACCAAUAAUCGGAUCAACAAAAAAUACAUAUGAUGCAUGUUGUUUACUAGAAAAAUUAAAUGAACAUGAAAAAGAUCUGUCAGAUGAACAACGACAAAAGAUAUAUUCAUCGUGGCUAUUAAAUUCCACCGGAUCAAUGACAAGAUCAAGCUCUCUAUUUCCACAUGAUGUUGAUACAUUUCAUUCAUUGACACGAUUACCGGCUCCUUCUACUACAACAUCUGCUAAUGCACAAUGUAAUAGUAAUUCAAAUUUAGAAUCAUCAUUAUCAUCACGAAUUUUGAAUACAAAUCAAACACGACAAAAUCAAGACAUUCCAAAUGAAUUACGUCGACCACAUUAUACACUAACAACGAUUGAUGGAAGAAAUCAGCAAAGCGGUUGUACUCGAGCUAGUUCCGAUGAUGGAUUUUGUGGUUCAAGUGAUAUUUCUGAUGAUUGUCCAGAACAAUUGAGACCACGAACACUUUCAACAAAUGCAUAUUCACCUAUGAGUCCAAAUUCUGUACCCUAUACACUGAUGAAAGAAGGUAUAUUAGCCAAACAACUGAACAGUAAUUUAGAUCGUCUUUCAACGCUAACACGUGCAUCAUCUCAAAUCUCAUCGUUUACAUCAUUAUUAAAUCGACUCGAUAAUAAUAAUUGUCAGAAUGUUGUUGGUUCAUUAGAGUUAACAACAGACAAUUCGCCUGUUGAUGAAAAAGAUUUCAAAUCUAGACGAGUACGGUUUAAUCUUGACACAAAUGUAGACACAAAAAAUGCAUCCACAUCACAAAAUAGUGAACAUAAUUAUUUUAAACCACAAUUUGAUUCAAAUAGAACUAUGUCUCCGUCGGAUACAACUGCUAAUUAUGCGCUUGAACGUUUUGAAAAACUUUAUAUGACACGUGAUGAAGCAAACAAUAAUUGUACAAGAACAUCAUAUCGAGCAAAUAUGUUGCCAACAUCGUAUACGAAAAACUUUUUACGUACCGAUGAUGAUAUAUUAUCGCCGCAUUCUAGUCUACUCAAUAAAGUAACCACAUUUUCUUCACCAAACGAUUGUUAUAAUCAAAAUAUCAAAAAUAAUUACGACUCUCCACCUUUAAUGUCACAAAGUACAUCAUAUAAUUCGACUGUAGUUUAG